GACUUUCCCCGUCGAUCACCGUCGCCGUGUUUGGAUGAUCCAGUGUUCUGUAUGAGCGCUCAGAGUGGACUUUUCUCGUCCUUCUUCGACUCUUGGAUGUUUGUCAAAUGUCCGGCUUUCAGGCUCUUUCAGUUUUUCCUGAUGAGGUCCAUCAGCUGUCAGUGAAUAAAGAAGCGGCAUGUCCUGAGCAGCAGGAGAGGAGUGAGCAUCUGAAAAUUAAAGAUGAACCUGAGGAACUGUGGAGCAAUCAGGGGAAUGAACAAAUUCACAGGCUAGAAGAUGACAUCAUCAAGUUCACUUUUGUUCCUGUCCCUGUGAAGAAUGAAGAUGAUGAAGAGGAGCCUCAGUCUUCACAGCAUUCUCAAAAACAGACCAAAGAGUCAGCCAGGUGCUUUGAUCCAGAGAGAGAUUUACAACAACAUUCUGAGGUCAAGACUGAAGACUCUUCUGAUCCAGAAACUGAUGACAGCACUGAUUGGAGGGAGAUGACAGAACACCAGUCAGGUUUAAAGUCAGAUGGGGAAAGCACAGAAACGAGCACAAAGACUCAAAAGAAAUUGUAUAUCUACUCAGAGUGUGGAAAAAGAUUGAAGGGUGAAAUGGGUGUGAUUAGACGCAUGGUUGUUCAUACUAAAGAAAAACCAUUUAGCUGUACAGAAUGUGGGAAGAGAUUUCCCCGGCGAGACAAUAUGAUAAGACACAUGGAAUCUCACGAAGGAGUAAAACCUUUCAUCUGCUCUGUGUGUGGUCAGAGAUUUACAGAAAAAGGAAGUUUACAUGAUCACAUGAGAAUUCACACAGGAGAGAAACCUUUUGUCUGCUCAGUCUGUGGCAAGAGAUUUUCCCGGAAAAGUGUUUUGACCACACAUAUGGUAGUUCAUACUAAACAAAAUACCUUCCCCUGCAUUAAGUGUGGUAAGAGAUUUACAAGAAAAAAAAGUGUGACCUAUCAUAUGAGACUUCACACAGGUGAAACACCUUAUGUCUGCUCUGUGUGUGGCAAGAGAUUUACCCAAAAAUCAAAUUUAGCUGCUCACAUGAGAAUUCACACAGGAGAGAAACCAUUUUUCUGCUCUGAGUGUGGUCAGAGAUUUCCCAGAAAGGGAGAUUUAACUCGUCACACAAGAAUUCACACAGGACAGAAACCGUUUGUCUGCUCUGAAUGUGGUCAUGGAUUUAGCCAAAGUGGAAAUUUAGCUGCUCACUUGAGAAUUCACACAGGAGAGAAACCAUUUACCUGCUCUGAGUGUGGUCAGGGAUUUAGCCAACAUGGAAGUUUAGCUGGUCACAUGAGAAUUCACACAGGAGAGAAACCGUUUGUCUGCUCUGACUGUGGUCAGGGAUUUAGCAAACAUGGAAGUUUAACUGGUCACAUGAGAAUUCACACAGGAGAGAAACGGUUUGCUUGCUCUGUGUGUGGCAAAAGAUAUACCUAUAAAGUAGGUUUGACCAGACACAUGGUUGUUCAUACUAAACAAAAACCCUUCCCCUGCACUGAGUGUGGGAAGAGAUUUCCCUAUAGAAACGGAAUGCUGAAGCACAUGAAAUCCCACUAUGGAGUAAAACCUUUUGUUUGCUCUGUGUGUGGUAAAAGAUUUGCCGAAAAAGGAGAUUUAAAUCGUCACACAAGAAUUCACACAGGAGAGAAGCCAUUUGUCUGCUCUGAGUGUGGUCAGAGAUUUACCCGAAAAAGAACUUUAACUAGUCACAUGAGAUUUCACACAGGAGAGAAACCUUUUGUCUGCUCUGGGUGUGGCAAAAGAUAUACCAAUCAAGCAGCUUUGACCAGACAUGUGAAACUUCAUACCAGAGAAAAACCCUUCAGCCACUCUCAAUGUGGUGAGAGAUUUUCUCAAAAAGGAAAUGUGACUGAACAUGCAAAAAAACAUGAAUCGGCAUCAGCAGGAUUGUCUUGUCAUGAUGAACCAGGUUUCAGUUCCUGUUGACUCCCUAUGGUUUCUGUGACGUGGUUAAAACCUUUCAUGCCCUGCAUGAAGGUCAGCUCAAGCAUCAGGGGUGCCGCACUUCAACAGCACUUCCAGAACAAACAGGUCCCCAAAGGCAAAUCCCUCUUAAAACUGGAAAUAUCUGAUUGGUUGUCUUUUUAUCAAGGAUUCUAACUGUGCCCGUGAGUUGUUUGUCAAAAGUUCUAGAACCAUCACUGCAACUCACCUCUGACCCCUGGAUUGUGAACUUUCAUGGUUUUCCAUUGAACUGUUAAUGCCUUCUCUCUCUGGACACACCAACAAGAACCAGAUGUUGCUCAUAAAUACCUGAGUACAUGUCCUGCUUGACUGGAAGAGUUUGGACUAAAGAUCUCAUAACUGCUGUAAACAUAAUUUUUCAAAUUUUAAUCGAAUCUUCCAUGGACCAACAGUGCCAUCAACUGGUCGUCACACGUUUCUGCAUGGGCAACCUCUUAAUGCCAAAAUGUUUUGGUCAAAAAUCCUUUCUAUGUUUAAAUCAUGUUGUUACCCCUGUUUAACUGUGUAGCAUGCAUUUUGAUACGAUAGUCAUAUGGUGUUGUAUAAGUGCUUCUGCUAUUCCUUUUAUCCUCAUAUAAACUUUACUCAUUGGUAAUGUGGUCAUUUUAGUUAUUAAUAGUCAGACACAAUUAAGAUGAUUGAGUUAAUCCAUGAAGUGAAUUACAUUGGUUUCUGUACUUAUUACUAUGUCUUCUUUCUUUCCUUGAUAUAAAAUGUUUUUUUUAUGGUCUGGGACAGUUUCUAUCUGAUGAAGGGUUAGAUUGAACACAGUAUUAUUUCAGUUCCUGGGAGGAGUGGAAAAACCCUCCUCUAUCCCCACAUUAAGAAGUGGUGCUUUCAAGCACACUCGCUCUUCUUAUGUGCUCUCUUAACGCUGUCUGUUCUUCCAACCUGUCACUCUUUCUCUCUUCUUGUUUAGCUUCUUUUUGCUAUUAGUUGGCAUUUCAUUUUUGGCCUUUAUCUUUUUCUUUUCGUUUCCUCCAUGUUUUUCACCAUGUCCCAACUAUUGUUGAACCAAGUUGAGAGUAAUGUUUUCUUAAUGUCAGUAGCUU